CGUUUUCCACGUUCACGAUAAUAGUAUAGGCCUUUAAGUAAUACGCCGUUUAGAAGUUGUCGCCGUUUGGCUGUAAAUGUAUGUCUGUGGAACACCGAAAACUAAACCAAGUCAACCCUGCUCUGAGCCUUAAAAUAAAGGAAGUAGUAGAAGAGGAGGCGUGUCCACAAACUAUAGUUUCGAUAUGUACAGUAGAACGCAAUGUUCAAAUUAACAUUUGAAACGAGCCCUGAUCUUCACAUCGAGAAGAACUAAGGUUGCUGAUGAUUUACGUUAACUUACAGAGAGAUGGACUUGGAGUUUCAGCGGGUGCUGUUAAAAGUGCAGGAGUCUCUCACUGGCGAUGAGGUGCAGGACCUGGUGUUCCUCUGCUCUGAUCUGUUGAGUCUGAAAGACCUCAGCACCGUGAGCUCAGCCGGACAGCUGUUCAGUCUUCUGGAGAAGAGGAACCAGCUGUCAUGUGAGGAUCCGUCUCUGCUUCUAGAGCUGCUCAGGAUCAUGAAACGAAACAGCCUGAUACGCAAUCUGACCUCAGAUGAUUAUAAACAAACCAACGGCACAACCUACAGUCAACAAAUAUCCCCAUACAGACAGUUGUUGUACGAGCUGUCAGAGUCCAUCUGUGAGCAGGACCUGAAAAACAUCAAAUUCCUACUGUUGAAAACACUAUCGCGCAAAAAACUGGAGAAGGACACGACGUUGUUGCAGUUGUUUUUGGACAUGGAGAAGGAAGACCUUUUGGGUGAACAUAAUUUGGACGUUCUGCAGAAAAUUAUAGCAGAUAUCAAUCCCAGUUUAGAAAAAAGAAUUAUUCAAUACAAAACGGAGCGUUAUGAGCCAGGUGGGAUGGUUAUUGCUCAGGAGAUCGGGAAGAUUACUCCUGCUUCACCCUCAGCACUGACAUUACUGUCACCCGUUGGCAUAAUGGAGGAGCAGGUGGACAGACUUAGUCUGACUGAAGGUCCUGCUUUGAUUAGUGGAGAUCAGUGCCAGAAUUUGGAUUCCAACUCAGUGAUUGAAAACAAGAGCUUAAACUUGUCUGUGACAAGUCAGAAUACAGAGAUCCAGCAGUAUGAGAUGAAGGGGGACAGGAGAGGAUUCUGUCUAAUCAUCAACAACUAUGACUUCAGUGCAUGCACACUGGGGAACAGAGAAGGAACAGAUAUUGACAAAGUUCUGUUAAGGAAUCACACAAAACUCAAGGAGGUACAGGGUGGGGGUGAGGUUUCUUCACUGUGGAAACACUGGUUGAGUCAGAAGUCACUGGGUAUAGACCUACUCUCCAUUCUGACGCAGGUGAACAGCGAUGUGAGCAAAAAGACGGACAAAAGCGGUUUGAGGAAGCAGAUGCCACAGCCAGAGUUCACCCUCACCAAGAGAGUGGUUUUCCCUCCACCCAAAACUCACCGACCCCUUCCAUAAUGUCCUGCUGCAGUCCAUGAAACCUCUCAGACAGCAUACACGGCACAUACACAAACACACAGAUGUUCAUCAAUGUUUACACGUUGAGCUGGGGUGAUGAUUAUCUUGUUUAAUUGAAACAAGGGGUAAGGUCCUGAAAAUACUGUUCACAUACAGUAAUUCUGACUUACCUAACAAAAAAAUAAAUAUUUUAGAAUUUUAUGAAAUAAACAAAUAUGGAGCCGUUUUAAAAUUAUAUUGUCAAUAACAUCAUGAAGUGUUAAAAGAACAUUUCAUUUCCAAAUUCACCCCAAAACAGUGCUGUUUAUGUUUCUGCUGGAAAAAAAAAACUUGUACUAGGAUUAUUGCACUUGUAUGUAUUUGUCCAGGGGGCACGACGCUCUAAAGCACUUUUAUUUGUCGCUCUAUAAGAGCAUGAAUGGAUAGUUUCCACACAAGUGUGGACUGUUGCAACUAGCAGUUUAUUAGUAAAAUAAUGAUAUUUCAAUGGCAAGGGAAAGCCUGCUGCAGCUGCUGUUUAUUGCCAUCUGCACCCUAAAUAAAUUAAAUACAAUUUUGAUGUUGACGAUGUUCAUGAGAUGUUUAAAUCGAGUGGCUGGGUAAACACAGAAAAGUCCUGAGCAUCUACAGACUCAGUAAACAGCCUUACCAAAGAGAAAUGAAUGCAGCUGCUCACAAAAGAAAGUGGACACAGAACUUUUUACAAUUCACUACAAAGUAAAACUUUGACUUAAGUUUUAAACACAAUAUAUUGUUUUACGCAAUUUUGUUGUUGUUUUCCCAUUUGAGAUAUUUUGUUUAAUUGAAUGUUUAAGUGUGACAUCAGUCUGUAUUACGUUACUAGCAGAGAG